AUGUUUAAAAAAAAAUAUAAUAUAUUUGUAGAUAGUAUAAAUAUAAUUAUACGUAAUAAGUUAUGCAAUCAUUUUUCUUACAUAUUUCUGAAUUCAACUAAAAAGAAGAUAAUAAACAUUGAUAAUGUAAAUAAAAUAAAUAAGAAAAAUGGUUUAAGUUGUAAAAAAAAAGAACUGUUAGGAAAUGGAUAUAAGAAAAAUGAAGAAAAUAAAAAAAUAACAAAUUUAUGUGAACAACUAAAUGAUAAUUUGAGAGAAAAAAAAUAUAAUCUAUAUGAAAAUAAUUUAAUUUAUUCCUUAUCCAUUGCAGAAAAUUCUAUAGAAAUAUCUCAAUUAAUAAAUGUAAUUAGUAAAAAUAAAAUUAAUAACAAUAUAAAAUCUGUUUAUGUUAAAUUAAUCAAUAAAAGUUUAAAAAUUUUUGAUAAUAUUCCUAUUAGAAGUGUAAGUUUAAUUUUAAAUAGUAUGCUUAAAUUAAAUUAUUAUCACAAUGAUUUUAUUCUUUUAUUUUUUAAAAAUAUAAAGAAAAUAAUAGCGCAAAGUAAUAGUGUUGAUAUAUGUAUUUUAUUUCAUUUUUACGUAAAUAUUUUAGAUCGAUUUUCACAUUUAGAAAAAAGAAAUGAUAUAUUAUUAAACUUAUUUUUGAAAAAAAUAUAUAAUUUCAUUUCUUCUCUUCAAAUUCAUGGUAUAUCUUGCAUUUUAAGGUGUAAUAAAAAAUUAAUAAAAAAAAAAGGGAUUAUAUGUAACAAUUAUAAUAUAAAUAAUGAAUUAAAUAAAAAAAAAGUAUUAAAUAUUAACAAGCAAGAAGAAGAAAAAGAAACAAAUGAAACAACAAAAUAUAAUAAUGCAAAAUUGAUUGAAGAAAUAAAUGAGAAUUUGAAAAAUAAUUUCUAUUUAAAAAUAUCUUAUGCAAGUAUUCAGCAACUAUGUAAUAUAUUAGAAGAUUUAGAAUUCUUUAAUUUAAUUGAUGAUAAUUGCUAUUAUGAUGUUUUAAAUAUAUUAAAAAACAAAAGAAAUUUAGAUAAUUUUAAAAAUAUUGAUUAUUUAAAUAUAUUGAAUAUUAUAAAAAGUAGAAAUAUUAAAUAUAAUAAUUUAUUUUCUGUUUCUCAUUUUUCAUUUAUAUUUGAUGAAUUAAAAAACAAAAAUUAUGAUAAUUUUUCUACUGAUGAUUUAGCUGAAUUAAUAAAAAUAUUAUAUUAUUUUAAAAAAUUCUAUCACAUUAAUUUUUGUAUGAAUAAAUUAGAAAGUUCUUUAGAUAAAAGAAAUAUAGAUGAAAUAUCUUCCAUUUCAACAUUAAUAUACCUCCUUUAUGAUUUUUCACGAAUUAACAAAAGUAAUAAUAUUAUAAAUUCUUUAAAUGAAAAAAUAUUUUUAUGUAUAAUGAAUAAAAUGUAUAAAGAAAAUGAAAAACAAAAAGAAAAUGAAAUUGAAAAGGAUGUAAAUGGAAAAAAUCAUAAUGUUCAUUAUAUAUCUAUACCUAUAAAAGAAUCACUUCUAUUAGUUAAGUCAGUAGAAAUAUUAAUAGACAAAAAUUUUAUUAAUUCAGACUAUUUAAGUAAAACAAAUUUCAUCUUAAGUAAUUAUGAAAACUAUUUUCAAUUUUGUAAUAAUUAUGAAUAUAGUAAUUAUGUAUUAUAUAAAAUGUUGCUAUUGGGGAAAGUUAAAUAUAACAAUAUUUUUGUGUUUAUGAAUUUAUUACAAAAUUCAUUAAUUUUUUCAUUAUAUUUUUGCAUUAAAGAUAUAGUAUUAUUUUUAAAAGCUUUAAGUUUUUGUUCUUAUUUUAUCACUAAAAAUAAUUAUGUAAUUUUUGAAAAUACUUUAAACUAUUUGAGUUUUUUAAUAAUAUCACAAAGUGUUCUUUUGAAAAAAAAAUCAACCUGUAACAGUAAUGAAAUUAUGAGAAAAAUGAAUAAUAUAAAUAAUUUUUUAAAUGAUAAAAGUUUAAAUAAUAUUAAUCGCAUAGAUGAAAUAUAUAAAAAUAUAGAAAAAAUAAUAGAAAAUAAUUAUUUAUAUUUAAAUACAUUAAAAAAUGAUAGUUAUCCUAUUAUAAAUAUGGAUCAUAAAAAGGAUUAUAAUUUAAAUGAAAUUAAAAAUAUCAUGAAUAAUAUCAAUGAAGAUAACAAUUUAAAUUAUGAAUAUACAAAAAUAAGUUCCACUGAUUGUUCAAAUAUAUUAUACUACUAUAAGAAAUUAAAUUACAUCAAUCAUGAUAUCAUUAAAAUAAUUUUAAAAAAUAUUUAUAUAAAUAUAAAUUAUUUAAAAAAUAAGCAUAUACUUAAAAUGAUAAAUGGCUUUAGUAUAAUAAAAAAUAUUGAUAAUGAAUUUAAUUCUUUUAAUUCAAUUGUUAAAAAAGUUGUAAUCAAAUUUAUAUCUUCACAUAAAGAAAAUGAUAAUGAUAUGAUAAAAAUAGAUGAAACAAUUAAAUUGUUUUAUCUUAUUAGCAAAUUGAAUAUACUAAAUCAAUUUAAAAAUGAUUUAUUUAGAAAAUAUAUUUUAAUAUACUUGGAAAAUAUGUUAAAAAAUAACAAAUUAAAUGAAAAAAAUAUUCAAUUAUUAUUACAUACUUUUAAAAAUAUGUAUCCUUAUCGUUACGCAAAUUUAAUAGAGUACUCGUUGAAUCAAAUUAAUCAAAUAAUUGAUGACAAAUGUUUUAUUAAAAAUGAUAAAAAUGAAAUAAUUAAUAAAAAUAAUGUGAAAUUAAAUGACAUUUUUUCUUUAUCCUUUUUAAAAGUAUACUUUUCAUCAAUACCUAUUUUAAUAAAUCCAAUAACAAAUAUUUAUUCUAAUAUAAAUGAUAUAUAUCUUAGUAUUAGUGAAAAAUUAUUUGAACAAUUAUAUGAAAAUAUAAAAUCAAAUGAAAAUUUAAAAAAAGAUAUAUUGCCAAUUGUUAUAGAUUUUAUUAAUUUAUCAUUUCCAUAUAUUAACUCUUUUCAUAAAUACACAGAUUUGAUCAUUUACAUUUUUGAAAAAAAUGAAAUAAUAUCAAAAGAUCAAUUUUGUAUUCUUUUGUUAAAUUUAAAAUUCUUUUCUCAUAAACUCUUUAAAACUGACAAUUGUAAAAUAUUAAAUAUGAGUAAAGAAGAACUUCUAUUUAAAACAGAUGAACAUUUAAAAAUGUUUAACCACAAUAAUACAUGUGAUGAAAAGAUCAAUUUAAAAGAAAAACCUACUACUAAUAAAUCAUUCUAUGAUUUUAGUUUUAAUGAAAAAAAAUUAAUUUUUUUUGAUACAGAAGAUGAUAAUGAAAAAGAAAUCGUAUCGAGAGAGUUUAAUUACAUUGAUUUAAAUAACUUAUAUGCAAAAAAAGAAACUGCUAAAAAAAGAAGAAUUUUUUGUGAUGCAGAAAAUGUAAUAAAAGAAAAAGAAAAAAAAGAAACAAUCAUGAAAAAGAAUUUAUUAAAUGAAUUUGAAAUAAUUUUAAGAAAAUACUCCUAUUGUCAAAAUAAGGAAGAAGAUAAAAUAGAAAUUUCAAAAAAUGUAAAAAUUUUUAUAUUUUAUAUUAAGUAUAUGGAUUUAAAAAAAAAAAUUAUAUUCGACUUUUUAGAUGAGAAAGAAUACUUUAAAGAAAUAGAUAAUUCAUCGAUAGAAAUAUUGCCUUUUACUAAUUUGCGUUUAUUAUUUUUAAAAAAAUUAAAAUUUAAAAUACUUCUAAUGCCUUUUUAUGAGUGGGAAAAUAGUUACGGAAGAUUAGAAAAAGUGAAAACUAUUUAUCAAAAAUUAUUAAAUAUUACAAAUAAUGACAACUCUUAUUUGGGUCAAGAAAAUAAAACUCACAUUUUUUCAUCUAUUGGACAGUAUCAAUAA